GUUGCCCACUCACCGUCCUUACUGCGGCUUGGAUAACCCCCCCCCCCAAUAUAUUGGACCACGUGCAUCGAAUCUGUUAGAUUUGGAGGGAUGCUCAACCCAGACCUGAUCGUUUGAGCACCCCCUUUUCUAUCAUUGGCCCGACUUCGCCAAUCUUUCGUCAUCAUCACACACGGUCACCAUGUCUAUCCCGAGGCCGGGCAUGCGUGCCCCCAUCCCUCCCCGAGGCGGCCCCCGGGCACCCAUGGGAAGACUGGCCAGUCUGAAGCCCCCAAGUUCCACCCCGAUCAGACGCCCCCAGCCUAUCAAUCGGCCUCAGCCAACCAGGCCAACCACCCAUCCCAAAACCACCACUUGCCCUAAUCCAGGCUGUCCCGCCCCGCAUAUCGUGGAGGACGAUGGCCAGAAGGUCUGUUCCGGCUGUGGUACCGUCAUCAGUGAGUCCAACAUCGUCUCUGAAGUCACCUUCGGCGAAUCCUCCUCCGGUGCCGCCGUCGUUCAGGGUACCUUUGUGGGAGAAGACCAGUCGCACGUCCGCAGCUUUGGUCCGGGUUUCCAGCGUGGAGGAGCCGAAAGCCGCGAGAUCACCGAGGCGAACGGCAAUCGAUACAUCACCCAGCUGUCUCGAGCCUUGACCAUCCCCGAGAGCGCCAUGAAGGCCGCCGGGCAAGUCUUCAAGCUCGCCGUCGGACUGAACUUCAUCCAAGGUCGAAGGACCAAGACGGUGGCCGCCGUGUGCCUGUACAUUGCCUGCCGCCGGCAGGACGGCAACACCGUCAUGCUGAUUGAUUUUGCCGAUGUGCUCAUGAUCAACGUGUUCAAGCUGGGUCGCACCUACAAGGCCCUGCUGGAUGAGUUGCGCUUGGGAGGCAACGUGUUCCUGAUGAACCCCAUCGAUCCGGAGAGUCUGAUCUACCGAUUCGCCAAGCAGCUCGAGUUCGGGUCCGCUACCAUGCAAGUGGCGAGCGAAGCCGUGCGGAUUGUGCAGCGCAUGAACCGCGAUUGGAUGACGACGGGUCGUCGCCCUGCGGGUAUCUGCGGUGCGGCCUUGAUUCUUGCCGCCCGGAUGAACAACUUCCGUCGUACCGUUCGCGAGGUGGUCUAUGUCGUUAAGGUCACCGAAAUCACCAUCAGCCAGCGUCUGAACGAGUUUAGCUCGACGGAGAGUGGUGAGCUCACGGUCGACCAAUUCCGCUCCGUGCAGCUGGAGAAUUCACACGAUCCCCCCUCUUUCGCCAGAGCCCGAGACGGAAGGAAACCCUCUCGCUCCUUCAAAAGAAAGCCCGCAGAAACCGCUGCUGAGAUCGAGGGCGAUGCACCGGAGCAGCCCCGACGCGUCGACUCGGAUGGCUUUGCCAUCCCCGAUCUUCCGAUUGACCCGGCGUUGAUGGCGGCCAGCAGCGGCCAACGCCGCCCGUCCACGGCCUCCGUCGCCACCUCGAAGGGUUCAAAACGGCCGCCCCCGACCCCUUCGGCGGAUCAGCUUGCGUCUGAGGAGGCAUUGGAAAACGAGAUGACUGCCCUGCUGACGAACGGGUCGGGCAUGGUUGAGACUCCCGCCCAUCCGCCCAAGAAGGUCGUGUCGGACAACGCAGAGAUUGAUGCGGCUGAGUUUGAGUCUGAUCCCGAGGUCAAAUACUGCCUGCUCUCGCCCGACGAGGUGGAGAUCAAGGAACGGAUUUGGGUGCAUGAGAAUAAAGACUAUCUCCGGGCACAGCAAGCCAAGGCGCUGAAGCGCGCUCUCGCAGAGGCUGACUUGCAACCGGGCGAAGACGGUCGCGUGCAGAAGCCCCGGAAACGUCGCCGCGGCAGGCUUGGAGACGUGACUUAUCUCGAGGGCGAGGGCGAGGGCGAGGACGGACGGAGCACCCGCGCCUCGACUCCCGCGGAAGCCACCCGUCGGAUGCUGGAACGGAGAGGAUUCAGUAAGAAGAUCAAUUACCGCCUCCUGGAGUCUCUUUUCGGCGAGGAGGGCGCCGACGAGGCCUCCAAGGCUAAAGAAGAAAGCCUCAGCCGGAGUCACAGCCGCAGCCAAAGUUACAACCAGGGCAUAUUCUCCGGCAUCGUGGGGAACGAGGAAUUUCUGCGCGUCGUGGACUAUCCCAGUUCUGCCGUUCUCGGGUUCAUCGUGGCUAUAUACAAUCUGGGCUGUCUCGUCGGCACGGCGGUCUCGUUCAUGACGAGCGACAAAUUAGGUUUUCGCAAGUCCAUGUGGCUUUCCAUGGCUGUGAUCAUGAUUGGGGCCACGGUCCAGACUUGCUCCUUUUCCAGAACCCAGAUGCUCGUGUCCCGGCUUUUUACGGGUAUUGGCACCGGCGUUAUGACCUCCAUUGUGCCCGUGUAUCAAUCAGAGCUAUGCGAGGCCCGCCGGCGCGGAAUGUACGUCUGUAGCCAGCCUCUGGCUGUCGGCGUGGGCAUUGUCCUGGCCUACUGGUUCGAUUACGGAAUGAGCUAUGUGAAUGGUUCAGUGAGUUGGAGACUGCCUAUCGCUUGCCAGAUGGUGUUUGCGCUUAUGGUGGUGGCGAUGCUCUUUGGACUCCCGGAAAGCCCUCGCUGGCUAUGCCGUCGGAAUCAAAACCAGGAGGCCUUGCAGGUCCUGUGCGACUUCUAUGACCGCCCAGCCGACGAUCCCAAGGUGGUCCAAGAGGCGGAGGGCAUCUUCAAGGCCAUGGAGUCCGACGCCGGACGCGGAGAAUACCAGUGGGCCGAGAUCUUCAAGCGCGAUGAGCUUCACACCGGUCGACGCGUCCUACUGGCGUACGGGUUGCAGUUCAUGAAUCAGAUGGGGGGUGUCAAUGUGAUCGUCAGCUAUGUUACCACAGUUCUGGAGUAUAACGUGGGCCUCGACGCCAAGUUGAGUUUAUUGCUCGGUGGAGUGAUCCAAAUGAUGUUUGUCAUAGGAUCUUUCUAUCCCACCUUCUACUCCGAUCGACUGGGGCGACGAAGCCCCAUGAUGUGGGGAUCUUUUGGUCUGUUCAUCUGCAUGCUGAUGAUCUCCAUUCUUCUGUCCUUCAAGGGAACUACCCUCGAAAAGCCUGCCGCCGCUGGCUCCGUCGCCUUUUUCUUCCUUUUCAUGCUCAUCUUUGGCGCCUCCAUAAACUGCAUACCGUGGGUCUACGGCCCGGAGAUCCUUCCCCAACACGUCCGCGCAAAAGGUCAAGCCAUCGGCAUUUCAGCAAAUUGGCUCUGGAAUUUCUUCGUCGCCAUGAUCGCCCCGACUCUGAUUCAGGAUCUGGCUUGGAAGGGAUAUCUUAUCUUCGUGGCUUUUAAUUUGGCGUUUGUGCCGCUCAUAUACUUCUACUAUCCCGAAACUGCGAACCUCAGUCUCGAGGAGAUAGACUCGCUGUUCAUGAGGAAAGAGGGAGGGAGGGAGAGAGGGAGUGGUUGAUAGUAAGAGGAUGGGCUGGUGGAUGGAUGGAUGAUGGUCUCUCAACACGAUAAGUAUAACAGUGGUAGUGGUUGUGGUAUAGCAUAGGUACAGAUAUAAGAUCGAGAUAGGUAGAAAGAUAGAUAGAUAGAUAGAUAGAUAGUGAAUGAAUAAAUGGAU